AUGGAUCUGAGACAGGAGCUCCCCACAGUCUCCUCCGCCUCUCAAAUGAACCUAAAUCCGGUCUCAUCAGCCUCCAUCCCGGUGUCCUUGGCCGGGAGCCUCCUGCGCGGCCCUCCGCUCAUCCUGCGCGCCACGGACAAGUACCCGCGCACACCGAAGUGCGCCCGCUGCAGGAACCACGGCGUGGUGUCCGCGCUGAAGGGCCACAAGCGCUACUGCCGCUGGAAGGACUGUAUGUGCGCCAAAUGCACACUGAUCGCCGAGAGGCAGCGCGUCAUGGCGGCGCAAGUGGCGCUGCGGCGGCAGCAGGCGCAGGAGGAGAACGAGGCGCGAGAGCUGCAGCUCCUCUACGGCACGGCGGAGGGUCUCGCCCUGGCCGCCGCCAACGGCAUCAUCCCACCGCGUCCAAACUACGAGGUGUUCACCUGUGUCAACAGCGAGAGUAACUCAGGUGAGUGGAAUUCAAGUGUCCUGAAGUACGAGCUGUUUCCAAAGAGCCAGCUGUCCGCGUCCGCCACUUCUCAGCUGAUUGUGGGGAAACCGGCGUCCGCCGAAAGCGACUCGGCCCCGGGCAUCUCUUCCCCAGACGGUCGACAUGGAGGCUCGGGUUCCGAGAACGGAGACAGCGAGUCUUUCAUAAGCUCGCCGGUCUCCAAGCCUUUGAAAGACGGAGGGGAAACUCCUCGCUCCGUCAGCUCCCUUGGCUCCGAUUCUGGCUCCGAGACCGACAAGGACGAGCAGGAGCCGUCCCCGUCCUCUGCGGCCUCCCGGCACAUGAACGCCAUCGACAUCCUGACCCGAGUGUUCCCGAGCCACAAGCGCAGCGUCCUGGAGCUCGUCCUGCAGGGCUGCGGUAAGGACGUGGUGCAGGCCAUCGAGCAGAUCCUCAACAACAGCGGCGCGCAGGGCUCCAACAAGGCCGGGGCAGAACAGACAUGGACGGCCGAGAGGGUGCUCCAAAACGCACAGCAGUCUACGGCGUCCUCCGCAUCCACGACCGCCCCGACGAGGCCCAUGUUGCCCGGGGCCAUGACGCUCAGUAACCGCUCUGCGUUCUCUCCUCUCCAGCCAAACUCCCCGCACUUCGCCGCGGACCCCAGCACCUAUCCUCUGAGCACCCACCUGGGGCUGAACCCGCUGCGGCUGGCCUACUCUGCGCACAGCCGGGGACUGGCCUUCAUGACGCCUUACUCCACCACCGGGUUGAUGCCCAUGGGCUUCAGACCCCCGAUGGACUACGCCUUUAGCGACCUGAUAAGGGACAGGACAAUGUUACACAAGGAGCAAGGCUAUGCCACCGGCCUGUACGGGCCUUUGGUCAACAACACGCCGGAAAAACAGUGA